CUUGGAUGCUUACUUUUCUUUGUCCAAUGAUUGGUUGGUUAAUCAUUUUGAUCACCACAUCUUAACUGUCUCUCUGUCUCCCUAUAAUCAACUAUCCACUCAACUCAACUAUGUCCUCUUUCUUCACACUUCCCUCUACUUUCUCCAAAUUCCAAUUUUACCCUCUCCCUUUCUCUUCUUCUUCAUGCUCUCGUCUUCCAUGUCGUGGCGGCUCCAACGUUCAACACGUGGAAAACCAUGAUCUUCACUUCGUUUUGCAUGAUGCUCUUGAUGCUUCUGGAAUUGAUACUACACAUGCUAGAGAAGCAAGGCAAGGGUUCUGCUCACAAAUUAAGAGACUUACUGAUAUUGAGAAGGAAACCAGCAUUUGCAUUAACAGACAUGUUGAUUUGGGGAGAACUGCUCUCUAUAUAGCCGCAGAAGAUGAUUCUCUGGUAUCACAUUCAUCGGUUCCACUUCCCGUUGAUGCUUUUGUUGGAAGAUUGGAUGAUCUUUCAAUGGAUUACUGUCCUCACUAUAACCCUCGAUGUGAUUCAUCGCCCGAGAAGUUUUUAGAGAGCAUAGAGAGAUUUUUGUAUGUUCAUAAGGGUUUCAGAAGAACCAGUGCAAAUCUAUUGGAGCCACAAGCACUCUAUCUUCACUCAGUUUUGACUCAUCGAUCGGGAUCACCUGCAAUGCUGUCACUUAUAUACUCAGAAAUUCUGAAAAUGCUUCGGUUGUGGGGCCUUUUGUAUUUUGACGCUGAAAUUUACUUCCCUCAUGAUGCUUUGAAUGUUCCAAAAGGCUACCAUAAGAUGAAAAGCAAGGAAUCAGACCAAGCACACAUAAUGACAUCAGGGAACUUAUUGGUUGAGAUCUUAAACAAUCUGAAACAUGCAUUCUGGCCUUUUCAUCAUGAUCACACAAAAACCUUAUUCUUAAGGGCAGCACAUGCUGCUAACUGUGUUGACAGAUCCGAUUUUGUUGGAGAAAGUGGCUCUCAAAUCGCAUCAGCUAAGGCUGCUCAACAUAGACUCGAUCGAGGUGUUUGGACCACCGUGCGCUUCGGCGACAUGAGGCGUUCAUUGUCUGCAUGUGAACGCCUUAUCCUCCUUACAAAUAACGCAAAUGAGCUAAGAGAUUACAGCGUUCUCCUCUAUCAUUGCGGAUUAUACAAGGAGUCGCUGCAAUACCUAACAAAGUAUCAGGAACUGAAGAACUCAUCUAUACAAGUGAUGAAAUUAUCAGACUCUAAAAGAAGCAUGGAAGAAGACGCCGCUGUCGAUAAACUGCUAACGCGGUUGAGUCUCAUCCAGUUAGAACACGGGUGGAGUCGGCCGUCAGUCGCUAGAAAUUUUCUCGGUAACAACUCUGAUCCAUGGUAAUUCCUCUUUCGUCUUGAUUCAGACAACAUCAAACAAGAAUUUUGUUAGCUCGGAAAUGAAAUGAAAGCUAGUAGUUCAUGGAAGCGAGUUUGGCUGUGUUUUCUUGACACAGCAAUAGCUUGCAAGUUACGCAAUCAUACAGUCACAAACAUGGUUACAACUUCUGCACCGGACGAGAUUGUCCAAAUCGAAAGACAACACUUGGAUACAAAGAAAGUAACACCAUAUAUUUAGUUAUAAUUUAUCCAGGGAGCAAAGAAUGUAUAAUAAUUCUGUACAUUUUAGACUAUUUCUCCAAUGAUGUUCAUGUAAAUUCUUUACCAGUGUUUUUAUCA